AAAGGAAAUAUAGGUAAAUAAACUGAUAUAAUUAAUCUACAGGAAGAGGAAGAGAGUGUGUUGAUAAUGCAGAAUAGGAGAAAGUUAGUGUGAAAUGACAAUCAAAUGAGAGGGAGAUUCAAUCAGAAAGUUUGGUGCAAAAAUGGCUGAUGUUGCAACAGAAAGCAUUAGAGACAGUCACAAAUGUCCAAACCUUGAUUUGUUUGCUACAUAUCCCACACCCCUUUAAAUUGUGCCUUCCAUUCCUUAGCUAAUAUGUCUCAACUCAACCAAGCUACACAGAUGGAGAAAACAAAGUUUGUCAAAGCUGCUGCUACUUCCAAGUCUGCAGUUUCUUGGAGUUCCACAGCUGGAGGAACGACAACAAGAGAUCAACUCAAAGAUAAAUCUAAGGCUAUACCAAAGGCUCCAGCAAAGGAAAACACAAAGCCACUAGAUUUCAAACUCCACACAGAACAAAGAGCAGUUAAGCGGGCAAUGUUCAAUUAUUCAGUGGCCACCAAGCUGUAUCUCAUGAACUUACAAAAGAAACAAGUAGAGAAACUGCAGAAGAUGCUUGAGGAAGAAGAGGUUCGUUUGCUAAGAAAGGAGAUGAUUCCCAAAGCACAACUGAUGCCCUUUUUUGACAGACCAUUUUUCCCACAAAGAUCCAACCGGCCUUUAACCAUUCCAAAAGAGCCGAGCUUCCGCAACUUAAACAGCACAUGUUGGAGUUGCAUAUGCGGGAAUCAACUCUACAGUUUUCAACAUGCUCAUGCUUGAAUUGAAUGUGCAUUUAUUCAUGCUUUUUGUACGAUCUACUUGUGUAGUUAACUUCCCCCCCCUUUUUUUUAUUUUUGGUUCUUCACUGAGAUACGUAAUGGCGGUUUUCGUACCGUCGAAAUAAUGAAAUGUCAAUCUUCCUAUUUUCGUAAGUCGUUUUAAGUUUACGAAUCCUGUAAGAUUAGUACGAUCCUACAGAGUGAUUGUAUAGUGACUAUGUUCCUGAGGAUGUAGGCUGAAUAAAUAGCAUCUGAUGUA